UUUAAAGUUAUGUUUUGUUGAGUUUAUGAGAAUAAGAAAAAACACAAUGCAGCGUUCUUGCUGCUGUUCUGAGCUUUUGGAUCCUGGUCCUGUUUGGAAUUGGGCACAUGGAAUAUGCUGGCUGUCAAUCGGGCUCUGUUGUCAUUAGGAUUGGGGUUUGAGUGGCAGGAACAUGUGACCGCUGUGCAAGGGGUUAUUUUUGUUCUCUGGGUGUUGGCUUCUCCUCAGAAAUUAUAGCAAGUUAGUGUUAGCGUGAGGUGCGUCUGUGGAGGCUCGGGAUCGGCACGCGUGUCGUAUGCUUGUGAGCUCUCAAACAUGGGCUGUUGCUUCAGCAAAGAACUAAGUAGUGACAAUGACAGUGAAAAAACUGGCCUGUUACAAAAAUCUGUGGAGGAGAAGGAACCAGAAAACAAGAUAAGUAAAACUUUAUCUUCAUUAUUUGAUACCCCUGAAGGUGAGGAGGUUCACAUUUUUGGCAGUGGAGCCAGCAGUGCAGCUGGCAUUAGCGCGCGGACAAGGAUUUUCUCAGGGUCUGGGCACAAACAGGGUCAUAGACCCAAGCAGUUAUUGAACCCUCUUUCCUCUUUUAUAUAUACAUUCUUAACAAGGUAUGAUAACUUGGAUGAGAGUGACAAGAAUUUAGAUAUUGUUGUUAAUGAGCAGAAUUCUGAGGGGGUCUGUGAUCUACCGUGUGUGGGUAACGGCAGCCGACAAGGUUGUUAUGAAGAUGAGGAGCCUUUCUCAUGUGUGCCCCUGCCUUCUGACCGAGGCCUGCAGGAGGAAACCUAUGUGAGUGGCCAUCUGCACUGUUAUCCAGCUACUUGUAAAAACUCUUUAGUAGAGAAAGAAAUGGUGGUCAGCGUUCACCUCAGUAGCGGUGAUGAGCGUAAGUCUUUUGACCCAUCCGAUCGGGAGAAGAAAGAUGGAAACUCUGUUGGUAUUGAUCAUCAGCAAUGUCAGGAUUCAAGAGAGUGCGAGUUUCACAGCAUUUGUGUUGCCGACUCUGCCUGCCCAAGCGUAGCAGAGGAGCUGGGCACCUGGGCAGACAGAGUAGCUACAAGACUAGAGUGUUGCUCUGCUGUGCCUUCAGCGCUGCGUGCCGUGUCAGGGGCCAGCGAGCCAGAGCCACGGCAGGAAGGACUCUCACCUUGGGACACGCUGGGUCCAGGUGAAAGGACAGGGGAAUGCAGUGGGAAAACCAAUCCUUGCCCUGAGCCUGUGGCGUUCAGCCAUGCACCUUGUGAAGCAAACGCUGGUAACACGCAGGUGGAGGCUUUACAGGCCGAAGCUUGCACUGAAUUCCCUAAAAAUUAUGCAGAAAGUAGUGCACUACAUAAUAUUGACUUACUCCCUGAAUUAAAUAACAACAUGGACAGUGACUCACUAAGACACGCGUGUGUCCUUCUGGAAGAAAGUGAGAGCCAUAACUCAGGAGUAGGUAGUGAGAUGGAUCAUCCACCUGGUAGCUUCCUUCCGGACACCGCACAUCCACCUGAUAGCUUCGUUACUGACACCGCACACCCACCUGGUAGCUUCCUUCCUGAUACCGCACACCCACCUGGUAGCUUUCUGCCUGACACCGCAGACCCACCUGGUAGCUUCCUUCCUGACACCGCACAUCCACCUGGUAGCUUCCUUACUGACACCGCACAUCCACCUGGUAGCUUCCAUACUGACACCGCACACCCACCUGGUAGUUUCCUUCCUGACACCGCACGUCCACCUGGUAGCUUCCGUACUGACACCGCACGUCCACCUGGUAGCUUCCAUACUGACACUGCACAUCUACCUGGUAGCUUCUGUACUGAUACUGCACAUCCACCUGGUGGUUUCUGUACUGACACUGCAUAUGUUGCAGGGUGUAAUGACCCGGAGGUGGUAACAGUUAUUGCCGACCAGAGUUUACAUUCUAAAAAGGAGAGAGAAAAUCACUCUAUCACACCACUAAGCGACAAUGAUGAUUUCCACUUGGAUGUUAGCAAAUCAGAUAGUAUCCUUCCUGUUGGUCUAGAUAGAAUUGAUUUAAGUCCCAAGAGGCCUAUCACUGCAGUGAGAUUUGGAAGUGGGUGUCUCUCAGGUCAUGCUAAUUCAAGAGAAGCAGCCCCAAGCCAGCUUGAUGACUGCUGGGAGCUGGAACCUGUUCCCGGGCUAGUCAGGAAGGUGCAGCGCAGAGGGGACUGCAGCCUGGAGGCCAGAAGUUCUCUGCUGCCAGACAGAGGAGAGGUGUCUCUGCAAUCUGAAAAUAGUUCCUUUUACCAAGAAGAGGACAGAAUUGGCGUUUUGAAGGCUGAGGGUCAUGGUGUAAGGGCUUUUGAAUCGAAAUCUUGGUGUCACGUAGAUGAGGCUGCAACACAGACCUGUGACCAAACUUGUAUGAAGCGUUUGGUGGACACGGAGGGGAUGGCGCAGAGGACAGACGGCCUAAAGCCUAGCAUGGCACAAGGAGUGCCACCCAAUGGCAAGUCUCCCAGUCACUCCAGAUCUCUUCACAGUAACUGUAUUUCCUCCAUAUUUGUUUUCACCUGCGCAGAGGAAGAAGAGAGGGAAACAAGCCCAGGUGACAAAACAGAGGGUGAAAUAUGUGUGAAGAGUUCAUUCAAUGUGUCACAAGACCAGCUGAGUGACCCUCAAAGGUUAGAAAGUGGUGAAAAAGAAUCACUGCAAGCAAAGUAUAGAGAGACAACUGAAGAUGACAUAGAGACUGUCAAGUCAGAUUCUAAAACAACCUGUGAGGGGGAAACAGGCACACAAAGAUAUGAGGCAGUGCCACGUCAGGAUAUACUCUCCUGCGUUAGUUCUAGUACAGCGGAGAACGCUGAUUUUGAAACUAAUCAAAUAGAAAAAAAUUAUGAAACACACCGAGUAUACAACUGCAAAUAUAAUGGUCUUAAUGUUAUACCACCGUUAAGUCCGAGUUUUAAUCCAGUUAUACAGAAGUCAGAAAUAGUAGAGAAUUCUGUUAGUAGUGGUAAAAGCGCAAAAUGGAAGGGAAUUUACUGUGAAUCAAUUGAAGACGCUCCUGGUGUCUUUGGUCCUAAUACAUCAGGGUUGAGUAGACCAAAACUAACACGUAAAGAGGAGGAAGAGAGACUUUAUUUGGAGAAAGAUAGUAUUGAUCCCAAAAUUAUUGACCACCUGGGUCCAUAUGGGACAAAUGAACGUGCACACCGUUUCAAAGAAGGAAACACCAAGUCCACUCUUAAACAGUCAACUUUAAAUGGUGAAAUGGGUUUUAUGGGAAAUGCUAAGGUGAGUUUUGAGAAAAUAGAGUCACGUGACACUUCCAGUGGGCAUUUCUUUUUGGUUGGUGUUGAUCCCGCCCUAGUGGACAGAUACACAGCUGCCCCCUGCAAUGCGGCCCAGGGGAUUCCCGCUGUCCCCGUGGACAACAAAGACACUGUCGUACCAAGUAGUGGCCACAUUUCAUCACUCACAGAAGGUAUCCUAAAUAGAUCUGAACAUCCCUCAAAAGUGAAUUGGCAGAGUGUCCCAGAAGGAGUCUCCUGUUUUUUGAGUGAAUUUUCUUAUUACCCAAUGGGAGGGUUAGGAAAUCCAGUAUUUUCUGAAAGACUGGCCAGUGGUUGUGGUGGGUAUCAAGUGCGCUAUCUCUGGACUAAUACAGUCACAAAAGGUGCACUAGAAGGUGAAACAGUAUUUAGUGAGGAUCUACACCACAAGCCACAGGGCUUGGAUAUUGCUUCGUUUUCAGAAAACACUCCUCAGCUACCGGUGUCAGAGGACGGUGUUAUUUGGGGAUGGCAUGAUAGAGACGGACAGUUCGUACCAGCAACUAAGGUUUCAGAGCUGAACCCUAAUGCAGAAGUGUGGGGAGCUCCUGUGUUACAUCUGGAAGCAAGCAGUGCUGCUGACGGUGUGAGUGCCGCAUGGGAGGAGGCGGCUGGCCACCACGCAGACCGUGGCCCACAGGGAUCGGAUGCCAGUGGUGAUGGUGACCAGAGCCAUGAGAAUGCAGCAUUGCCAGACCCGCAGGAGUCGGACCCAGCAGACAUGAACGCGCUCGCUCUGGGUCCCUCAGAAUAUGACUCUCUGCCUGAAAAUAGCGAGACAGGAGGAAAUGAGUCUCAACCAGAAAGCCAGGAAGACCCCCGGGAAGUACUUAAAAAAACAUUGGAAUUCUGCUUAUCUAGGGAGAACCUUGCUAGUGACAUGUAUCUUAUAUCACAGAUGGACAGUGACCAGUAUGUGCCAAUCACAACGGUGGCUAACCUCGACCACAUCAAGAAGCUCAGCACUGAUGUGGACUUGAUUGUGGAAGUGCUAAGAUCUUUACCUUUAGUCCAAGUGGAUGAAAAGGGAGAGAAAGUAAGGCCAAAUCAGAAUCGCUGCAUAGUAAUAUUGCGUGAAAUACCUGAAUCUACCCCUGUGGAAGAAGUAGAAGCACUAUUUAAAGGAGAUAAUUUACCAAAAUUUAUAAACUGUGAAUUUGCAUAUAAUGAUAAUUGGUUUAUUACAUUUGAAACAGAAGCUGAUGCACAACAGGCUUACAAAUACCUUCGAGAAGAAGUCAAAACUUUUCAAGGAAAACCAAUUAAGGCGCGGAUAAAAGCAAAGGCAAUAGCUAUAAACACAUUUUUGCCAAAGAAUGGAUUUAGACCCCUGGACGUGAACCUGUAUGCCCAGCAGCGCUACGCGACAUCGUUCUACUUCCCUCCCAUGUACAGCCCCCAGCAGCAGUUCCCCCUGUACAGCCUGAUCACGCCCCAGACGUGGUCAGCAACGCAUAGCUAUCUUGACCCACCCCUGGUAACUCCAUUUCCAAAUACUGGAUUUAUAAAUGGGUUUACGUCUCCAACGUUCAAGCCUGCGGCGUCUCCUCUGACUUCUCUCAGACAGUAUCCUCCUCGAAGCAGGAAUCCUAGUAAAUCUCAUCUGCGGCAUGCAAUUCCUAGUGCGGAGAGAGGACCUGGGUUAUUAGAAAGUCCUUCAAUAUUUAACUUCACUGCAGAUCGAUUAAUUAAUGGUGUCCGGAGUCCACAAACAAGGCAAGCAGGUCAAACUAGAACACGGAUACAAAACCCUUCAGCAUAUGCCAAGAGAGAGGCUGGGCCUGGGCGCGUGGAGCCAGGCAGUCUUGAAUCCUCUCCUGGUUUAGGGAGGGGAAGGAAGAAUUCCUUUGGCUACCGGAAGAAAAGGGAGGAGAAGUUUACAAGCAGCCAGACACAGUCUCCGACGCCACCAAAGCCUCCGUCGCCAAGCUUCGAGCUGGGGCUGUCCAACUUCCCUCCAUUACCUGGAGCUGCGGGCAAUUUGAAGACAGAGGACUUGUUUGAAAACAGGCUAUCUAGCUUGAUAAUAGGACCAUCCAAAGAAAGGACCCUCAGUGCAGAUGCAAGUGUGAACACCCUUCCUGUAGUGGUCUCCCGAGAGCCCUCAGUGCCGGCUUCUUGUGCUGUAUCAGCAACGUACGAGCGAUCCCCCUCCCCAGCUCAUUUACCUGAUGAUCCCAAGGUGGCGGAGAAACAGAGGGAAGCCCACAGUGUGGACAGACUUCCUCCCGCCCUCACUGCGACCGCAUGUAAAUCGGUGCAGGUGAACGGAGCCGCCACGGUACGUACCUCGUGCCUGCCUUCCUGCACGACAGCCGCGAGGCUCUGGUGUGAACAGACGCUGCGCACUCCUGCACCUGCUCGUUUUUUAAUCACAUCUAAUUUGGAAUUGCGAAAGCCCAGCUACGCAGAGAUUUGUCAGAGAACAAGUAAAGAGCCUCCUUCUUCCCCAUUGCAACCCCAAAAAGAACAAAAGCCAAACACUGUUGGUUGUGGGAAGGAGGAAAAGAAGCUGGCAGAGCCCGCGGAGAGAUACCGGGAGCCCCCAGCCCUCAAGUCCACACCUGGAGCCCCCAGAGACCAGAGGCGGCCGGCCGGGGGCCGGCCCUCGCCCUCGGCCAUGGGGAAACGUCUCAGCCGAGAGCAGAGCACUCCCCCCAAGUCUCCUCAGUGAAAACCGUAUGUCUGGGAGGGGCCGCAGAGCGCUGUGUUAACCACAAACGACACUCAGUGCGAGGGCGAGCCGCUGGUUAGGAGCUUGCAGUGUCUGAGGCCUGUGGGAUCCUCAAGUUGGUUUUCUUCUGUGAGUUGGAUUCUCCCCCUCUUGAAAAAAAAUCGAUUUUUCAGGAUUUAAUUAAUACAAACCUUAUUUUAGGUUGGUGCUUAACUGGAGGUGAUGCAUAAGUCUGAUUUUUUUUUUCCAAGAUAGAAAAAGCAUUUAUCCUAACAAAUUGGUAUUUUUUAUUAAGCCUCCAUGUGGCUCUGAAUGCAAGCUAUAUAUAGUGAGUUUUUCUAAAUUAAGGGAACUCUGCUACUUUUUUUUUUUUUAGUAACUGGUCUGCAAGUGCAUAUCUCUAGAAUGUCCCCGCAGAUGAAUGAGGGCCAGUGGCCUUGGCAGAGGCAGGUGUGGCCUCUUAGAGGCAGUGCUGGCCGCGCCAGGGCAACAGUGCUGAUGUGGGAGCUGUGCUUCUACCUAAGCCGUUGGUAGGGGACUCUGGCAUUUAAGAAUGUAGAGAGCGCGUCCUUUUUGAUCUCCUGGGCAGAGUGAACCUGCAGGGGCCACCCCAGAGAGACCUGAAACCUUGGUUCUGAUGCACUGCAAGCAAGUAACCAGCUUCUCACUCCAGUUUCAAGUGGCUAUUAUGUAAUAUAAAUUCAAAGCACAUUGUGAAUAGAACCUAAAUGAAAACAUACACUUGGUUGCCCACUGACAUGUUACCAGAAGUUGUACCAUGACGUUGUUUUGACCCCUGUGAGCUGACGGCCCCAGCCCUGCUCUGUGCACAUUUCUGUCCGUGUUCCCCAGCACUCUGGUUGGAGAGAGUCCACAUCUUCAGCUCCGUGUGGACAUCUUCCCGUACCUCUGCAUCAGCACAUGGAUUUAAGAGUUACGUAAUCGUGAGAGAAUGGUGUUUGUGGUUUUUCCCCCUCUUUGGCUGGUGGAGGAUAAAGUUCCUGCUCUUUUACCUCCAAGACGAGGGCCUCAUUGAUUCACUUCCAGAAGUGCUGCACUUCUGAAGAACAAGGAUGCACUAAAGUUAGCAAGUUUAUAAUAAAGUUAAAUAUAAAUUAUUUUGUUUUAAAAUGCCUCAAAUUUUUCUUUAAGUAUUCUAAGCAGCAAACAUUAAAAUAAGAAUAUUUCCUGCUAAAUGUAACCAUACACUUUAUUCCACAAAAUGUUAUUUAACAAGACUGAGGGUUUUUUUUAAGAAAAAAUUAUUUCCAUCCAAUAUUUAAAGACUUGAAUUUUAUUUAAACUUGAAAAUGACUUUGCCUUAACUUUUGUAUAAGACAGCUUAGAGUCCAUGGAGCCCGGCCCUGGGUUGGCGUGAGUGGGUCAGAGUUACUCAGUUACUGUGUGGAUCUCCUGUCGCUGGUUUUACUGAGUAAGCAUAGUGUAGUACAAGAGCUAGCGGUAGUUUUUGUAAUAGACCUUAAAGAUCUUCAACAGUUGAUCUUUUUUCAGAAUGUUGGGAAAUCCUGUAAAUGCAAAUAGUCAAUACUGUAUUAAAUACGUGCACUCGGGAGUGUGCUUCGCUUGUACAGUUGUAAAUAAUCAGAACAUAUGAAAAAGGUACCUACAGAGAAAAUUCUGAUACAAAUUAUUGAUAUAUUAUAAAUGUUGCUGUUGAGCUGGAUGUAGAUAAACUAAAUGUUGUGGUUUGAAUAUUAUUUUGAUUUGUUGAGAUUUUCUUUUUUCUCUUACAUCGGUGUGUUGAACUGAUUCUGCCUCUUUGCUGCAAAAGGGAAUUGGAAAGUCUUAUUAAAAGCCUCCAGAUGUUUUCAUACUCUUUUAAAAUGUAUGUAAAUGCAUACUAAUCAUAUCUAACGUGAAAGAGUUUUAAAGUAUGUAGAGAGCAAAAACUGGCAGGAUCAUAAGUGGAGGUGAAAAGUAAUCUAAUUAAAAUCACUUGCAGCUAAGCAUGCCAGAGGAAAACAUGGCCUGGCAUUUUUGACCAUUUCCUUUAAAGCAGUUGCUAUUAUGCAAAUACAGAGAAACAGCCACAGGGCUAGUGUUUUUCAAAUGCAUUUUAAAGAAACAUGGGGAUUUAUUUUUUUGUAGUUGUCAGUUCACUGACCAAAAAAAAAGAAAAAAAAAAUCAGAAAUAAUUGAUCUCUGAAACCCAAACUCUCAAUAUUCUGAAAGCUGGGAGGCAGCCCCAAGGCCUGGCCUACGAGGUGCAUCUUCGCUACAGAAGGACCAGGGGCGCCAUCAGCCAUUCCCAAAUCACAAGGCCUGCUCCUCCGCCAGUGAGUCCUUGGUUUUUAAUAAUGAGAAGUCCUUUCCCCCAAGGUGUGAGCAUUGCAGCGCAGUGUGUGUGUGUGGUUCGAGCCAGCUUAGUCCUUCACUUUGUUUGUCGGCUGAAGUGUGAGCUCAACAGCUGCGUGAAGAGGGCAGCGCGUGCGGUAGCCAGUCGCCACUGGAGGGCUCUGCUGCCAUCCGGUCAAUACACUGUAGUUACUGCCUAGCCAGCAGCAGUCUUUUGCAUCAAGAGCAGAAACCUUGCUCGGAUGCGAUUUUUAUAGCAUCCUUUUUAAUUAAACAAAGGUGAAACACAGAUAGCUAUAUAAUGUCCAGAAACCCCUGAUACUAUUUUGAAAGUGUCCACUCAGAAGAAAAUGAGAGUUACCAUAAUGGGAAGCUGUGGUGGUCCACGCCGACUGGGCUGUGUCACAUACAGCGAUGAGAGUGGCUUUCAUGCUUUUUUUUUAAGUUAACACCUUCCUUUACCCCCAGCAGUAUCUCAGGUUAUAGAAUCAGAGAUGCAGCAGCGACAAAUGGCAUUUUAACUUGUAAAAUCGUGUGAUGAUGCUUAUCAUUUUGAAAUAGAAGAAUAAAAACCUGGCCCCGUUUCACCAGACAUGAAUUUCAAGUGGAGUCGUCGUUCUCUGAGAGUGAGUGUCUUGACAUUUCCACCCAGGCCCUCCUGUCAUCACAUCACCGGCUGUCACUGGCGGGUGGCAGUAAACGUCCUGCGUUGCUGUAUUAGGAUCUCUGCAGUUCAGGCUUAACGACCAGUUCAGUGUAUCCGGGCGACGGGUAGUGGUGGUGCAUGCCUGUCUGCGUGCCCCGCUGGCGAGCUGUAGUUGUGACUUGCGUGCCUCGCGGCCCACUACCGGGCUGCAGACAAUCGAGGCGAGGGCACUGGCUGCCGGCAGUUCACAGUGUGGGGGCCGCGUGGAACGCUCCUUGAGGGUUUCGUUUUUGUUCUGCUUCUUUUCAUUAAGACUGGAAUCAAGCUUACAUGUAAACUAUUGGUAAUUUAAGUUUCCUUUGGUGUCAUUCAGUGUAAAACUGUCUAAUUUGAAAAAAAAAAAUGUAGGUUAUGAAAAUAAAGAUUUAGGCACUGUUCAA